CUUUCGGUGACCCACUACAACACUCAAGCAAUGUGAGCGCCGUAGUUGAGUAAUUAUGUGGACAAAAUUCUCUGUAUCGGCUGAACGUUAUGCAGUGUUGUGAGGAACAGGUAUGUCUCUAUACAACCGAAUUCAGCAUGACGAAGUGAAGGAGUUAUUGAGCUCAUGGAGAUGAGACUCAGUCAAAAGGACAUCUAAUGCUGCUGUCAUGGCGAUCUCUGCCUCCAUGUCUGGCAGUAGGAAAACGGGCCUCCUCUGUUUAUGUUGGUGCUCUGGAUUUUGUUCCAGCCAGCAGCUCAGUCGACAGGAGCUCUUUGGAGCAGCUCCAGAUGUUUGUAACCCGAGCCUCACGUCUGUUUGUGAUAACUGGAGCAGGACUGUCCACUGAGUCAGGAAUCCCUGACUAUCGGUCAGAGGGUGUGGGGCUUUAUGCACGGACAGACCGGCGGCCCAUGCAGCACUCAGAGUUUCUGCGCAGCGCAAAAGCCCGGCAGCGCUACUGGGCCCGGAACUAUGUGGGCUGGCCACAGUUCUCCUCCCACCUGCCCAAUUCAGCUCACUAUGCCCUGAGGGACUGGGAGGAGAAGGGCAAAGUUCACUGGCUUGUCACUCAGAAUGUGGAUGCUUUACAUUCAAAGGCAGGACAGCAGAGGCUUACUGAGCUGCACGGCUGUUCUCAUAGGGUUAUGUGCCUGGGUUGUGGUCAGCUGACUGCCCGUGAGGAGCUGCAGAAGCGCUUUGCUGCUCUGAACCCCGGCUGGGAGGCAAGUGCAGGGGCAGUGGCACCAGACGGAGAUGUGCUGCUGGAGGACGAACAGGUGCGGCACUUUAGGGUGCCGGCGUGCCAGUCCUGUGGCGGCAUCCUUAAACCUCAAGUGACAUUUUUUGGCGAUACAGUUGAACGUAGGACUGUGCAGUUUGUGCACGACAGGCUGGCUGAGUGUGAUGCUGUACUUGUAGCUGGAUCUUCACUGCAGGUGUAUUCCGGGUACCGUUUCCUGUUAGCGGCCAAUGAGAGACGAAUCCCAGUGGCUAUCCUGAACAUUGGCGACACAAGGGCUGACCACCUUGCUGAGCUUAAAGUGAGUGCACGCUGCGGAGAAGUGCUUCCAACCCUCAAUCCCACCUGAGAUGGAGAAACUGAUGGAACUUCGUGCUUGCCUUUUGACUCUGAAACCAUGUUUCACUCAGUCUGUACUGUUUUACUUCAUGGCUGCUCCUGUAAAACAUUUGGGCUCUACCUCAGUAUGGAAAUAACAGAAAACACUAGAGCUGUUAAGUGGCUUAAUUAUUUAUUGUGGUUGAUUUGUUGACCAUAACUGAAUUUUAAUGGUUUUAUUUAGUGAAAAUGUGGAACCGGGCCGAAUUAAUGAUGGAAAAUUGGGAAAACGUAGUCUGUGGGUAAUGCAAUUAUAUCUUUGGCUUUUAUAGCCCAUCAGUGAGCCCAUUUUUAUUUGCAACUCAGGUUAACAUGGUAACAUCAAGGUAAUGAACAUCACAC